AUGGCGAAGAAGAAGAAGCAAGCUAUUUCUACACCUCAAAUUGUGCAACAAAAGGCUGCUCAUGAAGUUGUUGGCUCGGUUUUGAAGAAUUUGGGGAUUUCAAAUACCCCUUUUGUUCCUAGCCCGAUUCAAGAGGGGGAUGAACUGCUUACUCCGGCGCCGACGGUAGUUCAGUCAGCUGGUGGUGCUAUUUCCGACGUUCCUGUGGAUGUUGAAGCUACUUCAGUUGCUAAAGCUUCGGCCAAAUCGAAGCAAUCCAAUGGAACAGUACCUAGGGUUUCGGGGGUUACUGUUCCAUUGGAUGCUGGUGGAUCUGGGCUUGGUGGUGCAACAGAACAUGCUAAGGGGACUCGUGCUUCAUCUUUUUUUGGGAAAUUGGCUGCUAAAGGAGCUACACUAUCCUUUGUUGCUCCGAAAGUGCAAGAUGGGAAGCUAAUUGCUGAGCUACAAGCAGCCGAGCUUGAGGAAGGUAAUCGAAAAUGGGCUAAUGCUCUUGUUUUUUAUGCGGUUAGCUUUUAUCCUACUAUUGCUGCUGUUUUUCGUUUCUUUUCUCAACAAUGGAAUGAUAUGCAAAAACCAGAUGUGUAUUGGCAUGAUGAUGGGUACUUUAUUAUCAAUAUGUGUUCUAGUGAUGAUAGAGAUACUAUUCUUUGUUCUGGUCCUCAUAUGUUCUUUGGAAAGCCUGCAAUAGUGAAGCCUUGGUGCCCUGAUUUUGAUUUUCAUGCUGAAAUACUUAGAACUAUUCCUCUUUGGGUUAUAUUCCCUAAUCUACCACUUAAUUGUUGGGGAUCUCACACUCUUAGCCGCCUUGGUAGUUUGCUUGGAGUGCCAAUUUGUGCUGAUGAGUGUACUACUAGACAGCUUAGAGUGUCUUUUGCUAGGGUUCUGAUUGAGAUUGAUGUUACAAAGCCUUUGCCAUCCUCUGUGUGGGUUGACAGUCCUUUGAAGGAAUUAUUGGAGAUCAGGGUGGUGUAUGAGUGGGCUCCUUCUUUUUUCUCUAAGUGUAACAAGAUUGGUCAUGAUUGCUCUGUUAAGCCUCCUUUGCCUAAGCAGGCUUCUAAGCAACCGGCUCCUAUUCCUCCUAAGCAAAAGCAAGUUUGGGCUCCUAAGCCUACCAAUGAUCCUGCUCCUUCUACUGCUGUUGAUGUUGGGGUUUCUGUUCAUGGUCAAUCUAUUAUUACUCCACAGGUUCAUACAUCUAAGAAUUCAGAUGAGGGUUGGAGAAUAGUAGGGAGGAAAACAAAAAGCCAGCAAAAUAGAGUUCAUCAGCCUGCUUCUACCUCUAAUGCCUUUGUUGCUUUGGGCCUGAAUGACCCUGGAAAAGUUGCCUCUGUAAGGAGGUUGCUUCACUCUCAUUCAGUUGAUGUUGUUGGUUUGCUUGAAACAAAAAUCAAGUUGAAAAAUGUUCUCACUUAUCAGAAGAAGUUUGGCUCUUCUUGGCUCUGGCUUCAUGAUGCUGAUGUUACUGAUUAUGAGACUAGAGACUUUCAGAAUUUGGUUGAUGAUUUGGACCUCACUGAGCUCAAAAGCAAAGGGUCCUUCUACUCUUGGUCUAAUAAGGCUCAUACUGGCCCUAGAACGCUCUCUAAACUUGAUAGAGCCUUUGGUAAUCAAGCUUGGUUAGCUUCUCAUGGGCAUGUGGAGACUGUUUAUCUCCCUCCUUCUUUAUCUGAUCAUAGUCCUGUUUUGCUGGAUAUUUGCUCUGGCCCUAUGGGGAAAGGUAGACCUUUUCGGUUUCUAAACUGUAUUGCGGAUCACCCUGAUUUUCUUGAUACUGUUUCGCAUGCUUGGGGCUCUGGUAAUUGUGUUUGGCAGAAGCUCAAUUCUGUAAAGUCUAGUAUCAAAUCUCUUACUAGCAAGCAGUUUGGCAACAUUGAGGAAAAGAUUGACCAGGCUAAUGAUGAGCUUUCUAGAAUUCAAACCUUAAUGGCUCAGAACCCUGAUGAUUUGGAUUUAUACGCUAAAGAAUCUGAUGCUAUUACUGCUGUCAAGCAUUGGAAUGAUAUUCAGGAAAGCAUCUUCAAGCAAAAAUCUAGGAUUAAUUGGGUUAAGCUUGGAGAUGGCAAUUCCCACUACUUCUUUUCUGUGAUGAAGACUAGGCAAGCAAGGAAUAGAAUUGAUUCUAUUUUUGAUUCUAAUCAGGUGUUGCUUAAGGAUCCAGAUGCUAUCUCUCAUGAAAUUAUCUCUUUCUAUAAGUCUCUUUUAUGGACUCAGGCUCCUUAG